CUUUUAUCCGGUCAACCUAAAGAUUCAUAUCUUCAUUCUCCCUUACUGGUUUGCCCUGUCCCUUAAAAAGAAUACUUUAAAAAAAAAAAUGUUAACAGCAGCAGCCUUUCAAGAUCAAAAGGGUCUUUGAAUUUUAAUCUUGUAUUUCUGGAAUCGAUCGAAUUCUGGAGUUUUGGAACAAAUACACCGAAUUCAGCUUCAUUGAUAUUGUGAUAUAUCUUUGCUUCUUUUGAAUUCACUUGGUGGUUAUGUUGCUGAUCAUGAGCUACUUGUUGUUGGCUUUCAUAAGCUGCUUUUCAAGAGUUGCUGUUUUAGCCCAGACCUCUAGUCCUCCAACCAAUGCUUCUGUUGAUCCUUUAGAUGAAAGACUGGUAAAUUCCAUCUUUCAGAAAUUGAAGCCGCCGCCACCAAAUGGAUGGAACAUAAGUGGUGAACUAUGCAGUGGGAUGGCCAUUGAUUCCACUGAUAUUGAAAGUUUCAAUCCGGCCAUCAAAUGUGAUUGCUCUUACAACAAUCGAACUCUUUGUCACGUUACUGCACUGAGAUUAUAUGCAAUGGACCUUGUGGGAACUCUCCCUGAUGAGCUCUGGAAUCUCACUUACCUCACAAAUUUAGAUUUGAGACAAAAUUACUUCACGGGUCCAUUGCCUGCAGCUGUUUCCCGGUUAACUAGAAUGCAGUAUUUUAGUUUGGGCAUAAAUGCAUUAUCAGGAGAACUGCCCAAGGAACUCGGAAUGCUGUCAGACUUGAGAGUAUUGUCAAUUGGCACAAACAACUUCAAUGGUUCAUUCCCAUCCGAGCUUGGGAAUUUAUCAAGGCUGGAACAAAUUUAUUUUGAUAGCUCUGGGAUAAGUGGAAUCAUACCACCAAGUUUUGCAGGUUUACAAAGUCUCCAAAAUGUGUGGGGUUCUGAUACUCGACUCACAGGCCAGAUACCAGACUUCAUUGGGAAUUGGUCACAGCUCAGUGUCCUAAGGUUAGAGGGAAACUCUUUUCAGGGUACAAUUCCAUCUUCAUUUUCAAAUUUGACAUCCUUAACUGACUUGAGGAUAAGCGGUAUAUCCAAUGCGAGUUACUCUUUAGAGUUUAUAAGGAACAUGAAGUCUCUAGGCACCUUGGUUUUGCGGAACAACAAUGUUUCUGGUUCUAUUCCUUCCUUUAUUGGAGAGCUUCAGAAUCUACAACGUCUGGAUUUAAGCUUCAACAAUUUCAGUGGACGCAUACCAGACUCAAUUUUCAAUAUUUCUGCUCUCACGCACUUGUUUCUUGGUAACAACAAAUUUACCGGCUCUCUACCCCAACAAAAGAGUCCAGGUCUCAGGAAUAUAGACCUGUCAUAUAAUGAAUUAUCUGGGAACUCUCCUUCUUGGGUGAAUGAACCGAACUUACAACUCAAUUUGGUGGCCAACAACUUCACUUUGUCAGAUUCUAAUAGCAGUAGCCUGCCAUCAGGAUUGAACUGUCUACAAAGGAAUUUUCCGUGCAAUCGUGGAUCUCCAAUCUAUUCCAGCUUCGCAAUCAAGUGUGGUGGCCCUGCACUGAGGACUAAUGAUGGGACUCAAUAUGAAGCAGAUAAUCAAACCUUUGGUCCAGCAACUUACUAUACCACAAGUUCAAGAAGAUGGGCUGUUAGCAAUGCUGGUUUACCUUCAGAUGGCCCCAACCCCAAAUAUAACUUCUCCUUAACAUCUCAGUUCACAAAUACUCUGGAUUCAGAGCUAUUCCAAACAGCGCGUGUUUCGGCUGGAUCACUGAGAUACUAUGGCUUGGGGCUAGAAAAUGGUAACUAUACAGUAGCUCUUCAAUUUGCUGAAUCAGAAAUCCUAGAUACUGUUACAUGGAGAAGUCUUGGGAGACGGGUAUUCAAUAUAUAUGUUCAGGGAAAUCUUGUGGAGCAAGAUUUUGACAUUAAGAAAGCAGCAAAUGGACGUUCUUUGGCUGCUGUUCAGCGGAGAUAUACAGUUAAUGUGUCUGAAAACUACCUUGAUAUCCAUCUAUUUUGGGCUGGCAAAGGAACUUGCUGUGUGCCGAACCAAGGUUCAUAUGGACCUUUUAUUUCUGCUAUCAGUGCCACGCCAAAUUUUGUUCCCACAGUUUCCAAUAUUCCUCCCAAAACUGGAAAGAAGGAUCAAACGGGUCUGAUUGUGGGGAUUGUUGUUCCUAUUGUACUUGUAAGCCUUUUGACUGUGUUUGCUGUGCUUUUUUUCAUCCGGAGAAGAAAAAGACAACAAUUGCCAGAAGAAUUCUUGGGGAUGGAUGCCAGACCAUUCACCUUCAGUUAUGCAGAACUUAGGGCCGCAACAAAUGACUUCAGUCCGGCUAAUAAACUUGGACAAGGUGGAUUUGGUACUGUUUUCAAGGGGACACUUUAUGAUAAGCGAGUUGUUGCAGUCAAACAACUAUCUGUAACAUCCCAUCAAGGAAAGAGUCAGUUUGUGGCAGAAAUUGCUACCAUUUCAGCUGUGCAGCACCGUAAUCUUGUGAAAUUGUAUGGUUGUUGCACUGAGGGAGAUAAAAGGUUGCUUGUGUAUGAGUAUCUUGAGAACAAGAGUCUUGAUCAAGCAUUAUUUGAAACCAGUAGCCUGCACCUUAACUGGCCUACACGCUUCGAGAUAUGCCUUGGAGUUGCAAGGGGUCUGGCUUACCUUCAUGAAGAAUCUCGCCUUCGUAUAGUUCACAGGGAUGUGAAAUCUAGUAACAUUCUGCUAGACAGCGAUCUCAACCCCAAGAUUUCUGACUUUGGCUUAGCCAAAUUAUACGAUGACAAGAUGACACAUAUAAGCACUCGGGUUGCCGGAACAAUAGGAUAUCUUGCUCCAGAAUAUGCCUUGCGAGGUCACCUAACUGAGAAGGCUGAUGUGUUUGGAUUUGGAGUGGUAGCCCUGGAGAUUGUGAGUGGGAGGCCAAAUACCUGCAGCUCAACUGAGGAAGAAGACAAGACUUAUCUCUUAGAAUGGGCAUGGACAUUACAUGAGAAUGAGAAUGACAUUGAGCUGGUGGAUCCAAGUUUAACUGAAUUCGACGCGAACGAGGUGACACGGGUUAUAAAUGUGGCAAUGUUAUGCACGCAGACCUCCCCUGCAUUAAGGCCUUCCAUGUCCCGGGUGGUGGCAAUGUUGUGUGGAGACACUGAGGUGCCUUGUGUGGUUUCAAGGCCUGGUUACCUCACUGAUUGGAAGUUCAAAGACGGGACGACGAGCUUCCGAUCAGAGGACGCCAUUCGCUAUGAUUCUUCAUCAACCACCACAGGAGCAGCAGUUACUGCAAAUCUUUCCCCUGCAAAUGAUGAGGAACCUAUUCUUCUUGGAGAGAUUCUUGGAGAUGAGGAACUAAGAAGAGAUCCCACUGACUAUACACCGCAGGAUCACGGAAUAAUGGGUUCAAAACCUGUUGAAGAUUUGAUAGAGGCUUCUUCUGGUGUUCAUUUUUCUGGAUUCCACAUGGAUGGAUUAGCUCAAAUUAUUUCGGAAGUUGAUCGACCAACAACCUCUGCGGGUGAUGAUUUGCAUAACCAACCCUUUGUAAUUGGAGUUGCUGGAGGUGCAGCAUCAGGAAAGACUACGGUUUGUGAUUUGAUUAUUGAGCAGCUUCAUGAUCAACGAGUUGUACUUGUAAAUCAGGAUUCGUUUUAUUACAAUUUGACGCCGGAGGAGCUUGCAAGAGUGCAUGAAUACAAUUUUGACCAUCCUGAUGCGUUUGAUACCGAUCAAUUACUUUCUGUUAUGGAGAACUUGAAGCAUGGCCAAGCAGUGGACAUUCCUAAAUACGACUUCAAAAGCUACAAAAAUGAUGUUUUCCCCCGUAGAAGGGUAAAUCCUUCAGAUGUCAUUAUUUUGGAGGGCAUUCUUAUUUUUCACGAUCCUCGUGUUAGAGAGCUGAUGAAUAUGAAGAUAUUUGUUGAUACAGAUGCUGAUGUACGCUUGGCAAGGAGAAUAAGACGUGACACUGUUGAAAAGGGUAGAGAUAUUGCUACAGUUCUAGACCAGUACUCAAAGUUUGUGAAGCCUGCUUUUGAUGAUUUCAUACUCCCAACAAAGAAGUAUGCAGAUAUAAUCAUCCCCCGCGGUGGAGACAAUCAUGUUGCCAUUGAUUUGAUUGUUCAACAUAUUCGCACGAAACUUGGGCAACAUGAUCUUUGUAAAAUAUAUCCUAAUUUAUAUGUCAUCCACUCAACCUUUCAGAUUCGUGGUAUGCAUACCUUAAUACGUGAUUCGCAGACAACAAAACAUGACUUCGUUUUUUAUGCUGAUAGAUUGAUACGUCUGGUUGUUGAACAUGGUCUAGGACACCUUCCCUUCACAGAAAAGCAGGUGAUUACUCCUACUGGAGCUGUCUACACCGGAGUGGACUUCUGUAAGAGAUUAUGUGGUGUCUCUGUGAUUAGAAGUGGUGAGAGUAUGGAGAACGCCUUGCGAGCUUGUUGUAAAGGUAUUAAGAUCGGGAAGAUUCUAAUUCAUAGGGAAGGUGACAAUGGUCAGCAGUUGAUCUAUGAGAAAUUGCCACAAGAUAUAUCAGAUAGGCAUGUCUUGUUGUUGGAUCCAAUCCUUGGCACAGGAAAUUCGGCCGUCCAAGCUAUUUCUCUGCUUUUAAAGAAGGGUGUACCGGAAUCCAACAUCAUAUUUCUUAAUCUCAUUUCUGCACCCCAAGGAGUACAUGUCGUUUGUAAACGCUUCCCCAGAAUAAAAAUCGUAACGUCUGAGAUUGAAAUCGGAUUGAAUGACGACUUCCGUGUCAUCCCCGGAAUGGGAGAGUUUGGUGACCGAUAUUUUGGCACAGAUGAUGAAUAA